CGCAGGCCGGGCGAGCACCGACAAGGUAUGCUCGUUAGUGGUGUACCGCAGUUGGGGAGGCUAAGGCGAUUAGUGACUCGGCCCCUAGCAAACAGGCAGGGAGAUGCCCGACGCCCUCCGCCCACCGCCCACAACGCCGCCUAAGCCUAGGGCAUCGCCCGCAUGCGCACUACUACUGGCAGCCCUAGCCUCAGACGACUCGGGGCCUUGAUUCAUCACUUAUCACCCUCAGGCACUGUACUACCGUGCUAUCCACGACAUCCUCCUAUUACUCACGCUUCGUGUAUCCCAGAUCACUCCAUUUCACAUCAAACAGAAUCAACAGGAUGCCCCUCGGGUUUCCCCACCGACCGUGACCACCAAGAAUGGCCUUUCCCCCACAGGGGCCAGAUGGGCAGACUCCCAUUCAUCGUUUCGUGAAAUAUCGGCCCCUCUCUUCCAACAGUGGGCAAGCCCAGAACAUCCUUCGGCUCCCAGCGAUCGGGUCGCUGGCUAAAAGGCCGAGCGGAAAUCCAGGCGUCUCAUAACAACAAUAAUGGGUAGAGCCUGAUUCGAGGGGCCAAACAGCGCCAUCACCUCUGUGUCCUGCUAGCACAGGGUCCCUCCUCACCCAACGGUGCGCCCGGACUGACAAUUGGCCCCGAAAUUCGAGUCGCUCAAUCUCGACACUUUCGUCCCGCCAUCGCCUCCUCAACCCCACUGUCCAUCCACGCUGUUUGACCACCUCGACCACUCAUCGGCAGCCGAAUUACGGCAACCGCAAGAUAAGAAAAUUGGCCGGGUUUCCUUCGUGAGAUCGCUGAGAUCUCCCUCCAAGCCUGCCUUGGGAAAGCGCCGGUGGCGUUGGGGCAGUGGUAUGACUACGGGCAUUAUUGGACAACGAGUGCGAUAUCUGGAGUGCAGUCACGGCAGUUUACCGAGCCGCAACGGACCUAGACACAUCCUACGACAAUGUCCAUGGCAUUGGCCUUAGCCCGAGCGUCCGUUCCAGAACGACGACAUAAAACAAUAUCACUUGAAACAUAUUCAUGGUGGUAAUAGUAUUGGUGUAGGCAGCACCUCUAUGGACUGUCGAGCGCAACUGUACGCACUGAUACCUCGAAGGCGAGUGCAUCUGGGAUCCGGCUACUGCAAGCGUUCAAGCCGGGAACGGAUUACCCACGCCCGGAAUGGCAUUAUUCUAUUCUCGAAGAUUUAUUGUCCCCACGUCAACAGGGACCGGGGGCAAGUCUGCGUGCAACACUCCGUUUCAUGCAUCCGCCCGUCACUUCUCCAGUUUCGCUCUCAGCUGCCUUUACCCCCUGAAAAACACAGACCUUACGUUGUCAGCGCAGGAAACCAACCCGAACGAUUUUCUUCUGUUAGCAAUAAAAACAGUCAGAUAGCCAACAGCAAUAUGGCCUCGGGGGAGCGCAUGCGAGCGGUGCACGCAUUGGGACUAGUUGCGUCACUAGCUCGCUCAAACCCUGGCCAUGGCGUUGUUCUUAUCGUGGCACUGUGAUUGGCUUGCGCUAAUGUCUGACACAUGGACGAGAACUCGAUGACAUAACAGGUGGCGGUGUUCAACGCAGUAUCCGGGCACGAGACACUGGUCCCGAUUGCGGAGGUGGUUCCGUUUCAGGCUGAGUUCAAGCAUACAAUGUACACUGCAGUCCCUUCUACCACAGUUCCCCGUGGGAAGGCUACCAUCCGCAUCUGGUGCAUCUGCUCAAACUAAUGUUCAAACUCAUUUUCCUGCAGAGAGCAGGGAGGCUACGGCUGUGCGGUCUAGAUUAUCGUGUCUCCGACUUACAAAUGCUCAGAUACGAUGUGGUUCAUGGGUCACCCUGCCCACGACGUAUACACAAGGCUGAGACGAAGGAGACAAGGCUGGGUGUCCCAAGUGGUGAGCGCAGCGACCAGUGAGACCAUUGGGCAUGUCUGUCACCGAGCUCGAUAACAAGCAGACGAUGCACUAAAAGCUCAGUCGAGGGCAACUAUCACGACCUGAUGAGCCUAUCCACUGUUCUCUGCUAUUUGAACUAUUAAUUGUCCAAGAGCUCCAGGAUUUUAUAGGCAUCGUGGAGUGGUCCAUCCCUUAUUGGCGCUGUGGCUGCCAUUUUCUUCGCAUGCAGUGUCUGCAGGACGUUGUUCAAAAGCACAUGGCACCGCCAUCAACACACAGGUCGGCGCCUGUGAGGUACCUUCCCGCCCUCUUGCUGCUGAGCAGGACGACAGCGCCCGUGAUUUCCUCGACAUCUCCCAUUCGACCCAUGGGACAUCGGCUGGCCCAGAUGUCACGGACUGGCUUCAGAUUGUCCCCAGCGUUGAGCACUGUAUCCAUGUAACCCGGAGAUAUGCUGUUGACUCUGAUACCGUGAACGGCCCAUUCUGCCGCCAGAUUGCGGGUGAGAUGUGCCACGCCGGCCUUACUAAUGUUGUAGGCCACCUGGGGCUGAGGAUAGUUUGUUGAAUGAGCAGAGAUCGACGCGGUAAACAGGAUGGAGCCCCCAGUUUUCUGGUCCACCAUCCAAUGCGCCGCGGCUUUGGCGCAAAGGAAAGAACCUGUCAGAUUGACAUCGACGACUUUACGGAACUGUGAGGCCCUGACAGAAAGAGAAUCGACACAGUCGACUAUCCCGGCGAAACAGCAUAAUAUCUCUAUGCCACCCAUCCACUGGUAAGCCUGGAUGAAUGCCGACCCGACCUCUUGUUCCGACGUCACGUCGACAUGGAUGGUCUCGAUGGUCUUGUGAGGGAAUUCCCUUCGGAGUGCCGAGAUUUCGGAUGCCGACUUGUCAAUUGUUGACUGUAAGUCCAUGAGAAUCAUGAACCUGACGCCGUGCUCCAGGAGAGCUCGCGCCGAAGCCAAUGCUAGUGCGCCUGCUCCUCCGGUGAGUACGGCACGCUCCUCGCAUUGGAACCGUGCAGCUGCUCGUUCGGCCGGCAAAGUCGAUGGCGGAAGCGGCGGUAGCGGAGCCGUGAGCGGGUUGUCGGCGGUGGAAAGCGUCAUGGUCGGUAUGGUCCGAGAGGUGAGCGACGCUCUUUCAUCUUGAGAUGCCAUUGGAGCUGCCGGCGUCGAGUCUGUGUCUCCCAUCGUGUAGAUUAAUGGCGUGUCGUACUCGGGGCCGCGGUCUUCCGGCUGUGGAUUGAAAAGGAUCCCUUCCUGCUUCUUUCCACGCUUACGGAAUUCUUGCGCGGUACAUGUAUACAUAUAAUAGGAAAACCCCGACCGCCUUGUUGUCCUCUAUUACGAUUGAUUCAGCAUUGGGAGGCAGAGGUCAUGACAGAUAUAUGUAUACCUAUCAAGGGGUCAAAAAAGUGGAUCAGCUCGCGGAGCCGGAUGUUACAGGCACACACUGUGUGAUCGUCCAUGUCGGAGGGAUGCUGGCCGGACUAUCGAGACGAGGGCGACAUCUCAAUGCCAGCGUAGCUAACUUCUUUAUACUACCAUAAACCUGCCUGGAACUCUCCCAAGCCACCUACCUACCUAGGUAUUCUACCACUGUAUACCAUGAUGCGGUGAGGUAUUACCAGCACUGCUAGUAGUAAUCGAAUGCUGUGAAGCACUGCGGCGGGAUGAUUGGAGGAUCGUGUUCAACCUCUGACGCAACUUGGCGCGCAUCAUGAUUCCGGCGAUUCAGUUUCUCCGGAUCGGCGAGCCCUGGCCCGAUGGCAACUCUAAUUUUUUUUUGAACGCAGCGGACAUUGACAUUUGUUAGCCUACAACCACGCCUGGAUCCAAGUGCCCAACUCAAGUGGAACAACAAACUGAUUCCUACUGUACAAUAACUUUUCUGCCUUUGUUGUGAUAUCUCAUUGCUGCGAGAGCGUCCGUGACCAAAGCGAAAAAGAACAAAAUUCAAUCGCACAUGUCUCAAUCCGACGCAAAUGGCUCUCAGGCCGUCAAUGGCAAUUCGGCGAACCCUCCAACAACGUCAAAUGGAACUGUAGCCACCACUACGCCGAACCAACUAUCCUCACAAAUCGAUCUCCUCGUCUCCCUACACCUCUGGGCCUGGCCGGCAUUGACGCUCGCGAUCCAAAAUGCCUGGGGCGGCUCCGCCCAGAUCGCAGCCGACAAGCGCGACUGGUUUGCGGGCGCGGUGUCGGAACUGCUGACCUCGACGCCUCCGCAGUUGGCGGACGUGGGCGAUCUGGAAGAAGUCUUGCUACAGGUCAUGUUUGACGAGUUUGAGGUCGUAGUCGACGACGGGAGUGCCGAGCAGACGGCGCGGGGGAUCUGGGGCGGGAUGAACAAGUUGAUCAAUGGAGAUGUGUCUGAGUUGCAGGACAUGUAUGUCAAAUGGGAGGAGAAGGAAAAGAAAGGAAACAGCAAUAAAGAAGUUGCCGGGUUUGUCAAGGGCGAGGAUCCGAACCAGGAGACGGACGAAGAAGCGGAUGAUGAUGACGACGAGAAUAUGGAUGUUGAUAUGGACGAAGCGCCGCCGCUGGUCAAUGGAGCCAGACAGCCUAGAGAGAGGGUCGAGCCUGAAGUUGAUGAGGAGGGGUUUACAAAGGUGGUGAACAAGAAGAAGAGAUGAGAUGAUGUGAGCUGCAUUGCACUGCAUUGCAUGGUGUUUAAUUGAGCCGCAAAAGACGCUUUUUGGCUCAAAAGACAGCCAGCUACUUGGAGAGACGAAACGAGAGACGAGAUGAGACGAUGCUAGACGACCCGAGAUGUGACGAUGUGAGAUGACGAUGUGAGAUGACGAUGUGAGAAAAAAAAAAGUACCGAAACGGAUGGAGUUGAGGAGAAAAAGUCCAAGUCGUGGCAGGCGACGGGUCGGGCGCCACUUAUUUGCACAACUGAAGUUACACGCUCUUUUCGAUCCAUAUCUUCAUUCUACACUACUACCAGUGUACGGACAUGGCAUGAGCCUUCCAGUGUUCAUGUUUACCGGCACUCGGGUUCCCGCUCGAUCCAUGUGUCCCGUCCGACAAGACGGUCCAGCCGUUAUCUUUUUCCAACGACCGACCGACCGAAUGGGACGAACCCAAGCGAAGGCCAGUGCUGUCCACUGUUCUUCUUCCAUCAAUGACCCUCCGGAUCAACCAGCCCCAGAUCCUCAUUCUCCUUCUUACUCCGCUGGCUCCACUCAGGCGGGACAUCGAUCCCUUCUUCCUCUUCGCGGUCACCCUGCGCUUUAUCCUUAUGUACCGACGUGGGCUUGUGUUCAGCGGGCGAAUACACGGUAUACAAAAUCAGCGGCGUGGGACCGGUGUUGAUGAAUUGAUGCUGCGUCCCUGCAGGGACGAUAAUCAGGUCGCCUGCUUUCACAUCCUGGUCGACGCCGGCGAUGGUCGCUUUGCCUUGGCCAGAUGUGAAUGUUAGGAUCUGGUCGACUGUAUGUUUCUACCGAAACAAAACACAAAACCACUCGUCAGCAAUAAUGUCUUUGAGGGACGGAAGAUAUUGCGCACCUCAUCACCAAUCUCCCCGCCCACAGGCACAGUCAUCAACACCAACUGACUAUACAGACCCGUCCACAAGACGCGACGAAAAUCCCCCGACUCACUGGGCAGCGAGGUGGUCAUUUGUGGGAAAUACGCCAUUUCAUGUUUCGGCGGGUCGAGCGAUGGAGUUGGGAACUUCAUUGUGACGGCGGUCGAUGUGAAAUGUCGUCGGGGAAUGUUACUAACAGUAGGGAGUAGUCGAGAUGAAUAUUCUCUGCUGCUUCUAAUGGAUUGAGAGAUUUGCAAACUGUUUCGCAUGUAUCCUCUGAUGAUCUGUUGACCUUGGACUUGACGGCGUGGUAGGGCGACACAAGUUGAAUGGAUCGAGACUCGAUGCUGCAAGACAGCUGAAGACAUGGAAAGAUAAAAAGUACAACCACAACCAACAAGUAUCGUGUCAAAUACUAGUACCCGGUAGCUACAGCACCGUAGCUUCCAGUAGUAAUGUAAAAGUCUUUUGAAAUGG